GGUUUGAAGUUUUGACAUGUUUAGACACAACCGAGGAGGACAAUGUCCUCGAGGAGGCCAUGGCCACGGUCAUGGCCACGGUCAUGGCCAUGGACAUGGACAUGGACAUGGACACCAGGGCAAGCGCAAGCACAAGCACAAGCAUGGCCACAAGCAUGCCAAGUGUCACAAGAAGGGGAAGGACAGUCACGGGUCCUCCAGCAGCUCCUGCAGCAGCUCCUCCAGCAGCUCUUCCAGCAGUGACUCUGACUAAUCGAGAUUCCUG